AUGGUUAAAAGAUCCAUGUUUCAUUACAGGGCACUCAUAUUUCCUCUUCUGAUCAGGGAAGGAAAACCAACACCAUUUUUCACUUUUGUGCUAGCGCUUCUGUUCUGUGUUUACAAUGGAUACUUGCAAGGCCGAAGCUUAAGCAACUAUGCAAAAUACCCUUCAGGAUGGUUAAAAGAUCCAUGUUUCAUUACAGGUUUUAUAGGGUGGUUGAUGGGCAUGGCAAUCAAUAUUCAUUCUGAUCAUAUUCUCAGAAAUCUGAGAAAACCAGGGGAAACUGGUUACAAGAUACCAAGAGGAGGAAUGUUUGAGUAUGUCAGUGGAGCCAACUUCUUUGGAGAGAUCCUGGAAUGGUUUGGGUUUGCCCUUGCCUGCUGCACCAUUGAAAGCCUUGCAUUUGCAUUGUGUACACUUUUCAUCUUGGGUUCGGGGGCAAAACAACACCACCAAUGGUACCUUGAGAAAUUUGAAGACUACCCAAAGUGCAGAAAAAUUGUGAUCCCAUUUGUGUACUGAGCUGUGCUUUUAACAAUGUUUUUGAUGUGGCUGCUUU